AUGGCAGUUAUUGAUUUGGGCCAUCUGGUGUUCCAAGCCAACAACGACGCAACGGAGGUGGUUCUCAACAAGCUGCACACGCCCCUGCUGACCAGGUUCGUCAGGAUCCGGCCCCAGACCUGGCACUCGGGCAUUGCCCUGCGGCUGGAGCUCUUCGGCUGCCGGGUCACAGAUGCCCCCUGCUCCAACAUGCUGGGGAUGCUCUCGGGCCUCAUCCCUGAUUCUCAGAUCUCGGCCUCCUCCACUCGGGAGUACCUGUGGAGCCCCAGCGCCGCCCGCCUGGUCAGCAGCCGCUCGGGCUGGUUUCCCCGGAUCCCUCAGGCCCAGCCGGGCGAGGAGUGGCUUCAGGUGGACCUGGGAGUGCCCAAGACGGUGAAGGGCAUCAUCAUCCAGGGGGCCCGCGGGGGAGACAGCAUUACUGCCGUGGAAGCCAGGGCGUUUGUGCGCAAGUUCAAAGUCUCCUAUAGCCUAAAUGGCAGAGACUGGGAACACAUCCAGGACCCCAGGACCCAGCAGCCGAAGCUGUUUGAAGGGAACAUGCACUAUGACACCCCUGACAUCCGAAGAUUCGACCCCGUUCCGGCACAGUAUGUGCGGGUGUACCCCGAGAGGUGGUCUCCAGCAGGGAUUGGGAUGCGGCUGGAGGUGCUGGGCUGUGACUGGACAGACUCAAAGCCCACAGUAGAGACACUGGGACCCACGGUGAAGAGUGAAGAGACCACCACCCCAUAUCCCAUUGAUGAGGAGGCCACGGAGUGUGGGGAGAACUGCAACUUUGAGGAUGACAAAGAUCUGCAGCUCCCUUCAGGAUUCAACUGCAACUUUGACUUCGCCGAGGAGCCCUGUGGUUGGAUGUACGACCAUGCCAAGUGGCUCAGGAGCACCUGGACCGGCAGCUCCAGCCCAAACGACCGGACAUUUCCAGAUGACAGGAAUUUCUUGCGGCUGCAGAGCGAUGGGCGGAGAGAGGGCCAGUAUGCCCGGCUCAUCAGCCCUCCCGUGCACCUGCCCCGAAGCCCCGUGUGCAUGGAGUUCCAGUACCAAGCCACAGGUGGCCGCGGGGUGGCGCUGCAGGUGGUGCGCGAGGCCAGCCAGGAGAGCAAGCUCCUCUGGGUCAUCCGCGAGGACCAGGGCAGUGAGUGGAAACACGGGCGGAUCAUCUUGCCCAGCUAUGACAUGGAGUAUCAGAUUGUGUUUGAGGGAGUCAUAGGAAAAGGACAUUCAGGAGAAAUUGCCAUUGACGACAUUCGGAUAAGCACUGAUGUCCCACUGGAGAACUGUAUGGAACCCAUCUCGGCUUUUGCAGUGGACAUUCCAGAAAUACAUGGGAGAGAAGGCUAUGAAGAUGAAAUUGAUGAUGAGUACGAGGUGGAUUGGAGCAACUCUUCUUCCCCAACCUCAGGGUCUGGGGCCCCUUCGGCCGACAAAGAAAAGAGCUGGCUCUACACACUGGAUCCCAUCCUCAUCACCAUUAUCGCCAUGAGCUCCCUGGGCGUCCUCCUGGGGGCCACGUGUGCGGGGCUUCUGCUCUACUGUACCUGCUCCUACUCGGGGCUGAGCUCCCGCAGCUGCACCACCCUGGAGAACUACAACUUUGAGCUCUACGAUGGCCUCAAGCACAAGGUCAAGAUGAACCACCAGAAGUGCUGCUCCGAAGCAUGACAGAUUGCAUCCAAAUCACAUCUGACGUUUCAUUCCAGCAAGAGGGGCUAGUGGAGAUUACAUUUUUUUUUUCCCUUUGGAAAUUGAAUGCCAUAAUCUCAAUCAAACCGAUCCAGAAUACCGAAGGUGUGGACAGAAUGGACAGACGAGUCGAGGGAGGCGGGGAGAUUGCGGCCGCACAGGGGGCUAGGACCCACCUGGGAGUGGCGCAGCUGAGUCAUUGCUGGGACUAAGACAGGAGCUUAUCUCUUGGGGUCACAGUUCUAUUUUGUUUGUGAGUUUGUUAUUAUUAUAUAUUUUAUUUCUUUGGUCUGUGAGCAACUCCAAGAGGCAGAAGAGAAGAAUGACUUUUCCAGGAUAGAAGCAGAGUAGUGGUCAGUGGUACUCUGCUCUCUCAUUCUAAUCAACACUUGAAAAGCAAAAGGUCUUUUCAGACUUUUCAUCUUUUAGAAAAAAACAAACAAACAAAAAAAACCGUCCGACUUACCCUGUCCUCUGAUCGUCUUAUGACUCCCGGGAUUUGCUGUGGUGUAGGUCCUUCCAGCCAAUCCUACAAGCUGCCGUUUCCAGUCCUAGCAUUUAAGUAGGAUGUUGUUGCCUUUAACUUUUUUUAUCCAGGGGAAAAUUGCCAUUUUUGGGUCAGGAUGAAUAGCUCUUUCUUAUAUGUGAUUUAAAACCAGAAAGGAAACUUCACACGUCAAAAUCCAUAGAAGCACCUCCAUGUUAGAAGCGGACAAGCCUUAACAUGCUUCGUGACUAGGAGCCAUUCAUUAAAUCUAGACCCAGAAUUUGUGGCUGUGAGGCCACUGCGUGGGGCCUCUGGUGGUGGAUUUGCUUUUUCUUUUGCCUCCUCCUGGUUCUUCUAAAACAUAUACAUACACACACACAUACACAUGCACACACACACAUUCAUCAGGUGUCUACUCCCCAAGACGUAGCAUUGUUGGAUAUCUUCAGAGAUGGAGGGAGGGUGCAAAGACUGGCUGUUAGUAUGUUUUCUCCAUCGGUGAGAUGUAACUGGUGACCACUGGACGAAAAGGAGAACAGUGGAGAGGGAAAAAGAAGUCCAACUUCUGUGAUUGUGUCAUGGCAAAGGCUAAGCAGACUCUACAGAGACAUUUUGAUGAAGUAGUCUCUUUGAUAGGCUAGUAAACAUUGAGUUUUCCUUGGGGUAAGAGCCCCCACCUCAGCAUUUCAGGAGAGUCAGGUAGGAUGUUUGCGAGCUGAUUUUAACCAGAAGUGUGCAAGUACUAUGGACCAAAACACUAACAACACUGCUUCAACCCCAGAGAGAUCUAUGUUCUUACACACACACACACACACACACACACACAAUUUAUGUGUUUUUUAUUAAGUGCCUUGAAACAAUGAAGAAAAACUGUAUUUUCCCUCUAUGUAGAAAUCAGUGAAUAUCAUAAAAGUAAGGCAUUCCUUCUUCCCAAACCCCCGUGACUCCACCGCCGGUUCCCCUAGCUCACUGCUGAUCCUAUUAACGGAUUGAGCCCUGCUGCCGGAGAGGUAGGCAUGGCCCUAGAUGACUCUCAACUACUCCAGGACGGGAGGCAUUAAACUGUGUGAAGGAUAAGAUUGUCCACGUCAAGAUCCAAAUCUUGAUAUCGUAGUAAUGCCUAAAGAUUGCCUGUGUGCUGGAAAUACAUUUGAAACCCAACCAGUAUGCCCAGCCCAUUGCUUAUCAGUGGUAAACUGUCAGACCAUUUUUGCUGCUAUGGUCACCCACAAUUUCAUUUGUCUCCUACCCAGGUGAAAGGAAAAGGGUGAAUGGGACUGGCUGGUUCCUUUCAAUGUUAACUUAUGGAAAUGCUAGUUCAAACGGUAAUGUCACAGUGUUUUGUAUGCGGAGAGGGCAAGUCCAGACCAACAGCUAUUUAUUCAUAUGUGUGUGUGUCUUUGCAAGCCUUUGAGUUCUCUGUAUCUACUGUGUAUGUGAAUGGUCAUGUGGGACUCCGUGAUGUUGUUGUGACUUUGACCUAGGGCCCCGAGUAUAACUGCUGAUCUCGGCACUCGUUGGCACAGGGGUAGUUACAGGUGAAAAGUAAAGCUGUCAAGCCCAAGGGCUUAGCUUUAGGACCUACCCCCCCAAGCUGGGCAUGCAGCAGAAGCAAGUUCUUAACGCUUUAUCGAAAACAAGUUUUUAAUUAGCCCACCCUCCUCUUCGCCUUCCCACGUAGCUCAGUGUUCAGGAAGCUAGCAAGUCCUAGGGAUUUCCAGAAGUUGCCUGCAGAAGAAGAGAAGUUCAAAAGCUUACCCUGGGGGUCCGGGCCCUCUCACGCUCUGUGGGUCCUUAUACAGUGCCCCCCACCCAAGACCAGCCCUGUCUUCAGCCUGCAGUUCACCUCUAAGUUACGCACAAGCCAACCUGCAUCCCCAUGACAGUCCUCCAUCCAUACUCACCAUUGGCUGGUUUGAAGCCCUGGGUGGGCCCUGCUACAGAAAAGCAGGCCACCCAGGGCUACGUGUAGAUACCUCACCAACACUGGAGACUGGUCUAUUGUAAGACAGAAAGACAGUGGGGCCUGGUUCUAACUCGGCCAGGGGGCACCCUGGUGCAUUUGUUGUCUCUAUCUGCAGGUGGGCUAGCUGACCCGUCUCCUUGAGUCAUUCCCUUUGGGAAACCCAACUUACAGUAUUGAUCUAUUUUGCCUUGUAUUGAAAGACACAUUACCUCCACGCUCUCCCGGACUAGGCAGUCAACAGGGCCACAGGCUUGCUUUCUCUCUCCGGUGGGGAUGGGGAGUCAACAGGGAUGAGGGUCCGAGGAAUGAGCAUGAAUGCAAGAAAACAAGGAGAAAAGUUAAACGGUCACACAGAAGGUUAACUUUUCCAGGGUUUGCAGUUAAAGAUAUUCGACCAUUUGCUGGCUGAGCCAGAUCACGGGAACUUGAGAGCUUUUACUGUGAUUCUUCAAUGUAAAAAAUAAACAACAAGGUCAAACUGUGUUUAUAUGAUUUGUAUAAAGCCUUUUUAAGAUUGCUAUUUAAAUAAACAUUAUACCAGAGAUA